CAUAUUAAGCAAGGGCAGUUACAAACUUUGCAGCAGUAGUUGUAGUUGUUGCUUGUGCUCUAUAUAUAAGGAAACUUUGCAAGGCAUUAUUGGUUCAGAAAAUGCUCAAAUACAAAUAAGAGAGUUUUUGAGAGAGAUUUAAUGGGUGAGAGUGGAACUGUGAUAGGUGAAAAUGGCAGAAUUGAGCCUUUUUGGUCAUCAGAAGUUGACACAAGUACCAAAGUGUCAAGCCAGACAACAUCUUCAUGGAGACUCAAUAUUAAGGAGUUUUGUCUGCCACAGCAAAACGUAGAUGAUGAUGACCAUCAUCAUAGUACUUUCCCACAGCUUUUUCGUGCUAGGAAACGAUCCAGGGUUACAGAGUACUAUAAGAAGCAAAAAGAGCUCUUUGAAGGGUUCAGCGAAAUGGAGGCCAUGACUGAAACAGGUGGUUGUCCUGGAAGUCUCACAGAGGAUGAAAUGAAGCAGCUUGCUCGGAGUGAGAGGAUGGCAAUUCAUGCAUCAAAUAUAGCUAAUUUGGUGCUUUUUGGAGCAAAGGUUUUUGCUUCUAUUGAGAGCAGAUCAUUGGCAGUUAUUGCAUCUACCUUGGAUUCCCUCUUGGAUCUCUUGUCAGGGUUUAUUUUGUGGUUCACCACAUAUUCCAUGAGAAACCCAAACCAGUAUCACUAUCCGAUUGGAAAAAGACGGAUGCAGCCAGUGGGUAUCAUUGUUUUUGCAUCGGUAAUGGCAACUCUUGGAUUGCAAAUCUUGCUAGAGUCUGUUCAACAAUUAUUGAGUAAGUCCCACCCUGAAAUGGAUGAAGAACAGGAGAAAUGGGUAAUUGGGAUUAUGGUUUCUGUUACAGUUGUGAAGUUUGUGCUCAUGGUUUACUGUCGAAGAUUUAAAAACAAAAUUGUUAGAGCAUAUGCGCAAGAUCAUUUUUUUGAUGUUAUUACUAAUUCAAUUGGUUUAGCAGCAGCUGUUUUAGCCAACAAAUAUUACUGGUGGAUUGAUCCCUCUGGAGCUAUUAUGAUAGCAUUAUAUACAAUAAAUACAUGGGCAAAGACAGUCAUUGAGAAUGUAUGUUCCCUAAUUGGAAGAACCGCACCUCCUGAUUUCUUGGCGAAGAUAACAUAUCUGAUAUGGAACCACCAUGAAGAAAUUAAGCACAUUGACACAGUUAGAGCAUACACUUUUGGUUCUCACUACUUUGUGGAGGUUGACAUAGUAUUGCCAGAAGACAUGUUUCUGAACAAAGCUCAUAAUAUUGGUGAGACACUCCAAGAGAAGCUUGAGCUACUCCCUGAAGUUGAACGAGCUUUUGUACAUAUAGAUUUUGAGUUUACACACAGGCCUGAACACAAGGCCAAGCUAUAAUAUCACCAAAUUCCCUAGGAUGAUAACAAGUUGUCAUAAGCUAAGAGUUCAGUCUUCAUUUUUUGAAAAGACUUUUAAGAACUAACAAUCUUCAAGUUGUUGAAUCUCCUAUGUAAAUCCCCUACCUACAUUAUUAUUUUGGCUGUGCCUUGCAAGUGAAACAAUUGUAGCACUGUGCUUGAGUUUCUCCAUGCAUUAAUCAGUUCUGGUUUCACUGUACUACAAAUUA